CUUUCAAAGUAAAAGUACCUCAUAUGUAGAAAUAGAAUAUCCUCCACUUCACCUCCUGCACAUACAUUAUGUUUUACAGUGAAGUCCGCUGUGGAAUCAGGAAGAGCCUUUAACUGUGUGUGAGACUGAGGGGUGUGUCCUCUUCGGUCUCCAUGGAGACGGGAUCAAACACGGAAGUUGUCGGUCCAGUCUGCUGCAGCGAACAACGAGCUGAUCAACGGACCAUCCGGUGGUUAAGCAGCCGGUUAACGGUGAGCUGACAGGAUGUACAAGUUUCAGGAGGUGGGGUCAGGCCAGGCUCCGCCCCCUGGCCGAGGCAGUCUGGUUGCUAAGCGAUACAGCAUCCUGCAGAGUCUGGGCCGAGGAAGUUUUGGCUCCGUUUAUCUGGUUCAGGACAACAAAGCUACAGACGGAGAAGAGCUGAAGGUGUUGAAGCAGAUUCCUCUGGGCGACCUUCGGCCUGACGAGACAGUCCGAGCGACGCAGGAGGCCCAUCUGCUGUCUCAGCUGCACCACCCGGCCAUCCUCACCUUCUACCACAGCUUCCUGGAGGGAGACGCCUUCUGCAUCGUCACAGAGUUCUGCCAGGAUCGGGAUCUGGACUGUAAACUAGAGGAGGUGCGACAAGCUGGGCGGAGCCUUCCCGAGCUCCAGGUCAUUGAUUGGCUCAUCCAGCUGCUGCUCGGCCUUCACUACAUGCAUGACAGGCGAAUCCUCCACCGAGAUCUGAAGGCCAAGAAUGUCUUCCUGAAACGAAACCUUGUUAAAAUCGGUGACUUUGGUGUUUCCUGCCUGCUGAUGGGAUCAUGUGAUCUGGCCACAACCUUCACAGGGACUCCAUACUACAUGAGCCCAGAGGUGCUGAACCACCAGGGCUACGACUCCAAGUCUGACAUCUGGGCUCUGGGCUGCCUCCUCUACGAGAUGUGCUCCCUGACUCACGCCUUCCAGGGUCCAAACUUCCUGUCUGUGGUGAUGAAGAUCGUGGAGGGAGAAACCCCGACACUGCCCUCUGGAUACUCUCAGGAGCUGAACUCUGUCAUGCAGAGGAUGCUGCAGAAACAGCCGUCAUCCAGGCCGUCUGCCGCAGAGCUUCUCAAGACCAAGUUCAUGGAGGACAACAUGAAGAACAUGAAGGACAGGUUUGUCUUUGUGUCGUCAGACGGAAAGAAAGACGCAGAACUCAUCGCCAAGAACAUGCAGACGAAGGUUCACCUGCAGACGCUGAUGGAGAAGUCAGAGGUGGAGAAGAUGACGCCAAGAGAGAGAAUGAGGCUCCGCAAACUGCAGGCUGCCGACGAGAAGGCCAGGAGACUCAGGAAACUGGCUGAGGAGAAAUAUGAGGAGAUCCACACCCGCAGGAGGGAACUGAGGAGCCGGCAUUUUGAAAAAGUCAGCCUGGAUGUUCUGAAUGAGAGCAGAGAGGGCGGAGACUGUCAGAGUCGACCAAUCAGCGUCCAGGAUCACCGUUUGCCAAGUGGGUCGCAGCCAAUCUGGGAGCAGGAUGAAGGAAAGACGUCUGAGUCCGGACUGCAAGAUAUCCCAGAGGACCCUCAGGCUGCAGAAGUUUAUUACAACCAGGAUGGAUUUGAUUCCUGCUCAGAGGACGAAGACACAGAGACACUUUAUCUGUCAGACCCACAGGUCAGUGAGCUGGAGGCCAUGAUGAAGCACAUGCAGAAGGUUCUGGAAGAGGAUCUGAGCGGAGACCCAGCAGAGCCCGAGGUCCCUCUGAGCCCUCGAGGCCCCCCGACGAUCAAUGGCAGCCUGCUGGAGACCAGAAUCCAACACCUGAGAGAGUCUGUCCGCAGCCGCCUGGGCUCAGACGUCUUCCAGAAGCUGUAUGAGAACCUGAAAGAGGCCAGGUGGCGGUGGCGGCACGAUGGUGAUGACAGCGUCACAGAGUCUCUGAGACACCUGGAGGAGCAACCAGAUGCUGGUUUCCAGGUGGACCAGCUGCUGUUCUAUGAAGAAGAGCUGCAGAGAGUGAGACAUCUCCAGGAGGGAAGACCGCCUGUCUGACAGCAAGGAAAAUUUUUAUAUACAUAUAUAUAUAUAUAUAUAUAUUUAUUUUUUAAUUGCAAAUAUAAGCAGUUUGAAUCCAACUAAAAGCUCCAUGCACCAAACUCCCUUUAAGAAAUAUCACAUUUUAACAAUUCCUAACGUGUCCAUAACAACACGUGACUAGAAACAGGAGCCAAAGGCCGUCAUAUGUCCACAGUCUGACUGUCAAUACAUGAUCAAUAUCAUCCAUAAAGAUACAGUGUAUACUGAUCAAUAUCAUCCAUAAAGAUACAGUAUAUUCUGUACAAACUGGCUUAUAAUUUUAAGGUUAAAAACUUGGAUCGACUGUUUACAACAGACACAGAAACACAAGAAGAAAUGUUGCUGUUUGUCUUCCAGAAUAAUAUAAUUUUGUCCAUAAUAUCUAUAAUGUAUUUAUAGUUAACACACAGGAACUAGAACCAGGCUACUAUGCGAUUGUCUUUGGGAGUGCAAUAUAUGUAAAGAAGUUUGUCGAUAGUAGCAACAACUGUUACAGUUGUAUAACUGGACUAUAUAUUGGAUGUUAAUAAUAAUAAUUAUAAUAAUAAUUAUAAACAAAGUGCCUACGUGGCCGGAAACAAUAUAAGCAACAUUUCAGGAGGCAAAAAUAAAGAAAGAGAACUGAAAUCAUGUAGAAUUUUUAAAUAAAUUGAAGAGAGGCAAAAACAACUUCCUACUGCGGCUGCGUUUUAUGGUUUUAAGUCUAAUCGGGAAGAAACAAAGCACAUGGAGGCCGAGUGGACCUGAUCCUCAUAUACGACGUUAAAGAGGUUUUUUUUCUAAACUGAGGUUGCUGUCAAAUAUUACGCCCAGGGUUUCUGCCUGCAGGUUCGCUAUCUGAAGACAGGCCUUGGGGACCCUGGAGAAGGUUAUGGGACAUCCAGCACACAAUUUCUGGUCUUGUCACCAACACUGAAUCUUGUAGGAACUAAGUGCAGUUUGGUAUGAAGAUAACUAUGCUCUGGUGACCAGAUGAAUAAUGUUUGUGGACCAAUUACACUCUGUACGUGGAAUUAUUGUUACUAUUUUCUUUUUGAAAAUCAAUAAAAAAAAUGAAUGAGA